AUGCGGACUUCAUCUUCUACUUCCAAUGAUCUGUUCAAGUAUACACGGACAUUGCAGACCGACAUCUGUCAAGGUCCAUCGGCACCUGUCCGAACUGAUGAAAGACCCAGCUCGCGUCGAUCUACCGGUAAACCACCCAGAAGGCGUCGUGAACCAGAUACCAGAUCGUUUGUCUGCAGUACAUGCUAUCAAGGUUUUUACCGUCAAGAGCACCUCGUUCGCCAUAAUCGCAUUCAUACAGGCGAAAAACCGUAUCCAUGUCUUGAGCAUUCAUGCGGUAGGCGCUUUGGUCGCAGUGACGAAUUGGCUCGUCAUCAAAAGGUUCAUCAAAAGGCCAACAAGAAACGUAAAAGGGGGCUCGCAUCCGGCUCUGUUUCGUGCAACGGUUCAACAUCAUCACAGCCUUCAUCUUUGGACAGCUUUACUGCACCAGUUGAACCGAGCAGCACCAUCUUCUGGGAGGAUAUUGCGCCAUUAAAAUCGCAUCCCCAUGAAGGUUCAUCAGAGUGUGUCGCCCCAAUUGAGCAAGGAUUAAGCACCUACAACACAUCUCCCGUGUCGACCUCUCUACUCAUGGAAGGCGAUAAAACGACCGAAUGGCCUCCAAUGCAAACUUCCUCUGACUAUAGCUCACUGUUAUCCACAAAUUUAUCACCUAUUCCAUCUCCUCAUGAUAUCAUCUCCGUCUGUCCAUUUCCGAAUUCUGGCAUGUACACCGUUAUCAACUCUACAACACUCUUUGGCACGUUCCCCUAUGUCAAUUACACGACUGCACCAACAAGUGUUCACGGCAUUCUUGAAAGCGAUAAAGAAUACAGGCAUAUACACGGGACCUAA